GCCUGCGAACAGGCAAUUCUUGCUUGUGCUCAGUCGGCGUUCUAAACCAACUUUAGAUAUUUAGAUCUAGUAAAAUGAGAAGAUACGUGCAUAUGUGUAAGCGAAUUUUACGGUAGUAAACCGUUAUUAAAAGAUGAGCAAAUAUCCAUCAGGUGACAGCAAAACAAAAUCGAAGAAGCCCUUUAUUGGAAGGAAUCGGUCACCCAAAUGUGUAACCGAAGAAGGUGCAGGCAGUCAAUAUGGGAGUGUGUAUAUGAAUGAUAAUUUACCUGACACUUGUCGAAAGAAAUUGAAUGAACUAUUUUCGCAAAUUGAAAAGGAAUUUGAAAAAGUUUGCCUUGAAAACCAGACGCUUCAGGAAAAAGUUGAUGUGUUGACUGAGAAACUUGAAAGUAGUGGGAAUGUGGAUAAUGCAGAGAAAUCAGGGGAGUUGUAUGGUAUUGAGGGGAUGACAGGAGCAACAAAGAGUGCCAUAAGUAAAAAAACAUCUGCUGGGAAACUGAUGUCUAGAAAACUAAAGACUACUUAUAAGGCAUCGACUAGCAAGUUUGUGUCCAGUUUCAAGACUCCUGGGCAAACCCAAAGUAUUGAAUAUCAAUAUUUCCAAACAUAUGAAGGACAUAAAGAUGGUGUUUGGGAAGUCAGCACCUCAAAACAUGUCUCAACUGUGUUAGGAACAGCUUCAGCUGAUCAUUUUGCCAGACUGUGGUGUAUUGAUUCUGGGCAUUGCCAUUUAAAAUAUGCAGGACAUCUAGGAUCAGUUAAUUCCAUCAAAUUUCAUCCAAAUGAACCAAUUGUUUGUACUGGUUCUGGCGAUGAAUCGAGUCAUAUUUGGAAGUUACCUUCUUCAAUCAUGGAUCAGUUUGCAAAAAAUAAAGGAUCGCCGAGUGGAAGCUCUCCUGAUUGGUCACAUGAUGAAAAUGACGGCACUGAUGAAGAACUUGAAGAUGGAGGUAUUGACUCAUCCGAUGGACAUCGUCCCUUCAUUCUCAAGACCCCGGGCACUAUUUUGAAAGCACACACAGGUGCGGUUAUGGCUGUGGACUGGUUGCCAAAUGGAAAGAGAGUUGUCACCGCCUCUUGGGAUCACACCGCCAAACUUUGGGACGCGGAACAGAGCACAGUCAUACAAACACUUACGGGUCAUGAUGAUGAAUUAACCCACACGUGCUCUCAUCGUAGUCAAGAUCUCAUCGUGACGGCAUCUCACGAUUCGACGUUUCGUUUAUGGGAUUUUAGAACGCCGUCAUUACAUUCGGUCAGCGUUUUUCAAGGGCAUACGAGUACUGUCACAUCAGCCGUAUUCACGGAUCAAGAUGUUGUUGUAAGUGGAAGUGAUGAUCGCACAGUCAAGGUUUGGGACUUGAAAAACAUGAGGGCACCAUUAACUACCAUUCGCUUGGAUUCCGCCGUGAACAGACUCUCGGUCUCUUCUGAUCAAAAUAUCAUCGCGAUCCCACAUGACAAUCGCCAUGUCCAUCUGCUGGAUCUCUCUGGAUUCAGACUCGUGCAUCUUCCUCGCAGGAGGAGAUAUAGUCACCAGAGAAUGGUGAGCAGCGUGGCCUGGGGCGGAGAGAUGGCUGGUAAAGGAUAUAAUCUCUUCACCGCAGGAUUUGACAGAAAGGUUUUGGGGUGGCACAUACUUCUCACAAAAGAAAAUAUUGCACAUGGUAAACAGUAGCGUGUCUAAUAGAGUAAUAAGAAUGUUCAUUUAAAGAUUCCCACUGGAAGGUAAGAAAGAACAUCGUCUAAAAGUUUGUAAAAUCUGCUGGGAAUCUGGUAAACUUUUAAAUGCAGGGCCUGGAUCUAAUUCGUUGUUCCCUCUAUGCGCGUCAUGACGUAAUAAAACUCUAAACCAAUAGGCAUGCUCUUCCUGUACGCUGGAACGAUUGGAAGGCACAGGGGGAGUACAAAAGUUCGUUAACUAAAGUCUGACGAAUACUAUAGAAACCGAUAAACAUCGGCAGUAGACAUCGCCAUUGUCUCUUUGUUAAAUUAUUUCGAUGUCUGCAUGAGGUUUUCCCACAGUCGAUUGUGCUACUCUUGAAGCUCGGCGUUAGCUGCAUUUCUAGCGUUUUCUAAAGCAGAUUAAUUAAUGAAUUGCUACAGUAUGUAAUCCUGUACAAUUAAAAGGGGCACGCUUUGCUUCCCUUUGCCUCCCUUGCCUCUGCUGGUUAAAGCUGAGAGGGGAGCUGCACCUGCUGCCUCUCAGUUCCGGCAUCCCUGUGAAAAAUUUUUGCGUCAAACCGCUGUUGAAUGCUUUUACAUUUACCUGGCCGGGUAAACUAAUUCAAUAUUUAUAUGACCAAUCAUGCAAAGCAUAUUAGAAAAAAAUUAGUUUGUGAGAAAGAUGUAUACUGAUGUGCUAUUGUAGGCCAUUAGGCGAGAUUUUGUGAUACUUAUUUUAUAAAAUGGACGGCUAAAAUUAUGUAGAAUGCAUGAGCAAUAUAAAAUAAAUUGAAUUUAAUAAAUAUAUAUUAAAAAUAGAGGAA